AUGGCUUCUAAGGCUGUGAAGUCGCAUGGAGGUGGGAAUCAACUCUCACUAGAGAGGAAGAUUGAAGUCAUCAGGAUGCAUGACAAGGACAAGUUGAGCGCCCGUGCCAUCGCCGUGAAGCUGUCUACCCAGGGUCAUCGAUGCGGGAGGACUCAAAUUCUGAAUAUUCUCAAGCGCAAGCCGGAGUGGAUUGAGGAGUUUAAAAGCAACAUGCCACUCGACCGCAAGAGGAAGGUCAGGAAGACAGCAAAUGAUGAGCUCAAUGCCAUCCUCUACGAGUGGUUUAAGGACAGUACGGCACGGCAGCUCCCUGUGAGUGGACCGCUUCUGCAGGAGAAUUUAAAGGAGAUAGCAACCCAGCUCCAACUCGAUGAAUUCAAGGCAUCCAAUGGUUGGUUAGACGCCUUUCGUCGGCGUCACAACAUUAUCUUCGGGAAGAUGAAUGGAGAGAGUGGGGGCGUGGAGACCGCAGUAGUUGACGACUGGAAGCAGAAGCUGCCGAAUCUUGGUGACGGCUAUGCCUUUCGUGACAUAUACAACAUGGACGAGACAGGGCUGUUCUACAGGGCAUCCAUCGACUCCACACUGCAUUUUAAAGGGACAGACUGCUCCGGCGGGAAGCGGUCAAAGGAGCGCAUCACUCACUCACUGAUGCUUUGCGGCAACGCCCUCGGGGAGAAAGAGCCAGCGAUGGUGAUCGGAAAAACAAUCAAGCCGCGUUGCUUUGGGAAGAUCGACCGAAAGGAUCUGCCUGUCAACUAUCACGCUAACAAGAAGGCAUGGAUGACCAGCAGUCUCUUUGAGCUGUUCAUGAGGAACCUCAACAAGAAGAUGCAGCGGCAGUUAUACUGUCCAAUGGACCAGGGCAUCAUCCAAGCAGCAAAGCUAAAGUUCCGCAAGCGGCAGCUGAGAAGCAUCAUACAUCAGAUGGAACAGGAGCCGAGCCUGACACCACCAGAACUCAUGAGAAACACAGACAUCGUCAAGGCAAUCAACUGGGUUGACAGAGCGUGGAAGGACACCAGCCCUGAGACCAUCCAGAAGUGCUUUACCAAGUGUGGUGUCGGCCCUCAGGACUUCGAGGCAGGGGAAGAGCAGGUGAAAGCAGAGGAGCCAGGAGAUGAAUUGGAUGCCGUGUGCCAGAAGGAGUUGAAGAUGUCAUUAGAAGAGUUGGUGGGGGUUGAUGAAUUGCUGGCGACUAUUGAUCAGAAUCAGGCUACGACUCUGGAGGACUACCAACGACGGCUAGAGAACACAGACAAUGGAGAUGACAGUGACGAGGAGGAACCCCAACCCAGCCAACAGGAGCCAAAUCUGAUUAGUUUUUCAGAAGUAUUCAGGAGCCUUGAACAGCUUAAAUCAUUGGCGGUCAGCAAGGGAUGCAUUGAGAUGCUGGAAAGGUGCACCGACUUGGAGGAGGCAGUACAGCGGGAGUGUUAG